CCGAGGUACCCGCUGUCUCACCAUGAAGCUCCUGACAGCGGCUUUGCUCCUGCUGUUCAUCGCCAUGUGCUUGGCCAGCGCGGAAGGUGUGAAGUGCAAAUGUUCAAGAAAAGGUCCUAAAAUCAGAUUCUCUAACGUACGGAAGCUGGAAAUCAAACCCAGGUACCCGUUCUGCGUGGAAGAGAUGAUCAUCGUGACUCUGUGGACGCGGGUGAGAGGGGAGCAGCAGCACUGCUUAAACCCCAAACGCCAAAACACAGUGAGGCUGCUGAAGUGGUACAGAGUAUGGAAAGAGAAAGGCCGGGUUUAUGAAGAAUAAGGGGAAGUGGCGUGAAGAAUGGAACGGACUGCCUUGGCUGGUGUAGGACUGGGCUCUGCAGAAGAUUGUUUCUCUCACAGACAUAAGACACAAAUUCUAUAUUAUUAUAAAGCACUUUUUACCAAGGGUCAGUUUUUACAUUUUAUAGCCACGUGCAAAAGGCUUCCAGAUUUCACAAGCAUCUGUUGCACUUCAGAUUUCAUACUCAUCAGCUCUGUACUGAGAUUGGGAAAACUCAUGCUUGUCAUUUUAAAGAAGUUGUUUUGGGGGUUUGGGGUUUUUGUUUUUUAUUGUUAUUCAUUCAUACUUCACUAUGAUUGCAAUUGAGCUUUAUAAGCUCA